UGUAUACGUCACUUAUGUCAAAUUUUGCUGCUGAUCCUAUCAAAUGGAAAUAAAAACUGUUACAUUUCUGAAAACCGGUCAGUAGAUCAUCGUGCAGAUCUUCGAAAAUACGUAAAAUACCAUGAAAGAGAAAGUAAACGAAGCUAAUUUUGAUGACCCUGACUUUGACUACGUGGUGGAAAUCAAGGAAGGCGAAAAGAUAUGUUUCGGUUCUACAAUCCCAAGAAGCACAGCCCCUAUUGGCAAAGAUUUAGCUCCUAAUCAGAAACGGAUAACUCCAGAAAAUUUUCCUAACAUAGCGCCUGGAAAAUACAAUAGUCAAGAAUACACUUCUGCCAUGUACAAAACACUACAUAAGCAUUUAAUUCUAGAUUAGGAGUAGGAAAGGGGUAGGUCCUUUAGCUAGCAAAGACAGUCGAUUCAAGGAGAAAAUCACAUUCAGAACACCAUCCCCAGGAAGAUACGAAAUCAGAGCUAAGCCAGACAUGACAGGAAAGCAAUGGAAAGCUCCUUUUUUGAAUAGCAGCAAAGUGAGAGAGAUGGAUAUCGACGACAACCCUGGUCCAGGAACAUACGAUCUGAAAAGGAUCAAUAAAAGCCACCGUACUAGAUAUGUGUACAAUUUCGGACAUCCUGAAAUGAUACAUUGUGUAGAAACAGUCUGCGUUUCCAAGCCACAAGACUCAUGUAUGAAGUGCGAGAAACUAUGCGAAGGCGACUACUGGCAUAAGGAGUAUUCCACCUUCUUGUGUCAGAUGUGUUGGUACGAGGAGAGAAUGACCCAGGAAACUUUUACGGAAAAGGAAUUGAAAGAAUUUAAGAAAAUAAGGAACUGCUCCUUCAUGCAUGAUCACGAGAAGACGACGGCUGCUUUGAAAAUCUUGCCUCAAAAUAAAAUCAACAAGAAGAUAAGACUAGAAAACUAUUUAGAUAUGUACAUCAAAUGCUGAACACAACAUAGCAGUAACUAUUUUUCCACUUAUACAAUAUAAAAAGUAAUAAAGCUGUCGAUAUAGUACAA